UUGACUGACUUGAAAGGAGUUGAACGAAGAAGGACGAAGAUGUUUGGAAUGCUAAAGAAUUCGCUUUUUGGGGCCACUGAGGAAACUGAGUACAAAUUAUUAAGCACUGAAACAAAGGACGGGGUCAGCUAUGAGGUGCGACGGUAUGACAAUGGAAAGUUCGCCACCAUAAGCUCCGAGGGACGGACGUUCGAUCAAAUGUCGGGCGAACUUGUGAGGAAGCUCCUCAUGUACGUCGGGGGGAGCAAUGAGCAAGGAGAAGCCAUGGGAAACACAAUGCCAAUCAUCUUAACCGUGUUCCCCCGGGAUGACGGUGCCAUGCUGCGACGUCUGGUUGUUGCUGUUCGGAUUCCCUCGCGCUAUCAAGUCUGUCCACCAACACCAACCGACAGCACAAUCAAAAUUGAGGAUCGGUCAGGCAUGACCGUCUACUCACUGCAAUUUGGGGGCUUCGCAGGAGAGGCAGAGUUUCGCUCCGAAUACUCCCGUCUGACGCGCACCAUCGGCGAGACCGCCCCUUAUCAGCGCAAGCAGUACUUCUGCGUGAGCUACGACCCGCCACUGAAGCCCUACGGGCGACGAAAUGAAGUCUGGCUCAUCCAGGACGAGCCCUGA